UUCGGCAGUCAUGGAGCGCCCUGCAAAAUGCUCGGUCGGAGUUUCUAGUGCAGGUAGAAUUGAGUGAAAUCAACAAAAUCAAUAACAAAAGUGAUAAAAUGUGGUAACAUGGCUGUUGUGGGGUCAUUGGAACGCAUCCUGGAGGAUGCCCACCUGAGUGGGGAGCUGAAAUUGAGCGGCAGGAAGUUGAAGGAUAUCCCAAAGGCAGCCGGAAAAUACAACUUGAGUGAUACGGUUUUUGCAGAUUUAUCACGAAAUCGCUUCUGUGAACUGCCCGAAGAUGUGACAUCAUUCCCAUUCCUGGAAACGCUGCUCGUGUACCACAAUGCAAUACGUUCAAUACCCGAAACAGUGAAGGGAUUGCGUUCACUAACAUAUCUAGAUUUACGGAGUAAUCAAUUGUCUGUGCUUCCACGAGAAAUAUGUCUGUUGCCACUGAAAGUGCUCUUGGUGGGGAACAAUCGCCUGAGUGCAUUGCCAGAGGAGUUGGGACGCAUGGAGAGAUUGACUGAGCUCGAUGCGGCCUGCAAUCAAAUUACACACUUGCCGGCACGCAUGGGAGACCUGAGGAGUCUGCGGUCGCUGUCGCUGCGUAAUAAUCUGCUGGUGUAUUUGCCGCGCGAGGUGACGACGCUGCAACUUGUGUCGCUGGAUGUCAGUUGCAAUCGCAUUGCCACACUUCCGGUGGAGUUGAGGCAGAUGUCGUCACUGGUGGACUUGGAGUUGGAUAACAAUCCGCUGACAUCACCGCCGGCGAGUCUGUGCGUGCGCGGUCUGGUGCAUGUGUUCAAGUAUCUGGAGACGGUGGCGCUGAAGGAGGGCAGAAAUAUUGUGGACGGAAAUGCCACACUCAGACGCUCCGCCGUGUCACAAUCCAUGCGUGCGUCCACGGAGCCGCGCCAGAGGCGCGCUCAUGUGGAUUCUGGGUACAGCACAACGAGUGAUAGUGGCAUUGGGAGUGAGAAGCGCUGGUCCAAUGACGAUAACAGUCCAAAGAGAUCACCAGUGGCGCUCCAUGUGAAGCCCGAUGUGAAUUCCCUGACCACAAGCAGCAGCAGCAAUGGUGACGAUGUGGGAAGUCACAAGCAUGUGAUUCACAUUCAGGAGAAGCAACAUGUGAACUCGAUCGAAUUAUCACCAGAGGAUGAUGGUGCAAUGGAGAAUGGUGUGGGUGAUAAGAAGCAUCUGAGCAAUGUGCAGACUUAUCGGGAGUACAAGGAGGCGCUGCGACAGCAACGCAAUCAGGAUUCAUCAUCAGUGUAUCGCUCCAAGGACAAUACACCGACAACACCAUCGCCCAAUUACAACAGCAGCCAAAGUUCACCGUUGUCACCGCAGCACAGCUUCAGCAGCAAAUUGAUGAACAACACAAGCCAAAUGAUAAACCAAAAUGCCGACAAUAACAAGAAGCACGACGACGCACGGCGUCCCAUUCAGAAGGUCACGCCGUCGCGGAAUGUGAGUCAGGAGAAUGGUGCGACGCAGGUGAAUGGGAAGAAGUACAGCGAAUGCAAUUCAUAUGUGAAGCCCAGCAGUCCGGUGCCGGUGAGCAGCAAGGAGACGAGUCCGGUGCCGGCGAAUGGCGGGAGUGGGAAGGUGAAUGGGAGCAUCAGGAGUGCUGUGAGUGCGGGAAAGACGACAAAGCAGAAUCGUACGGUUUCAUGGAAUCGAGAAAUACCGCCGGAGAAGUUGAGUUUCACGAUGAGGCGGGAAUUUGAUAGGCAAAAGGAGGAAUCUGAGUUGAUUCAGCAACUGAGACGAAUCAUUGAGACACGCCUGAAGAUGACACUCCCGGAUGACAUUGCUCCUGCUCUCACGGAUGGGGUUGUUUUGUGCCAUUUAGCAAAUCACGUCCGGCCCAGAUCUGUGGCCAGCAUUCAUGUGCCAUCACCGGCAGUGCCGAAACUGACAAUGGCUCGGUGUCGUCGCAAUGUGGACAACUUUCUGGAGGCGUGCAGGAAGAUUGGCGUUGAUGAUGAGUGGAUAUGCUCCUGUGCUGAUAUCGUGCCGCCCGAUUGGGAUGAUUGCGUGGGCGACGGUGCGCCAGAGCCACCCAAUCCAUCUGCACUGUUUGCCACAGUGGCCGCAUUGGUUGAUAUAUUGCUGGCGCACGAGGAUGGCGCUCUGCGGCAGGAGGAUGAUCAUGCAGAUGCGAUGCCGGCAACCAACACCAAUCAACAGCGAGACAUCGAAUGCUAUGAUGAGUACUUUAAGAGUCGCGGCAUACAUUUUCCCAAGAAUGUCACUGAAACAGCCACGAUGACGAUGACGACGACGAGUGGCAGGAAGAGAAAGGUGCCGCAGAGCCUGGAUCUGUUUGGUGGGAAGGUGAAUCAUCAUCCGGCAAAGAUGAUGAUGGGCAGACGGACAUUUGCCACGGACAUUUUUCCAGUCAUUCGUGAGACGCUGGAGGAGUGCGAAUAUGAUUCGGAUAUUGGGAAGUUCAAUUGCCGCGGCGCCGAGGGCGCAAUCACGACGACGAUUGUUGAGGGAAUAAAUGACUUGAGUAGUGCAGCGUCGUGCCAUGGGAAGAUGAGGCUGGUGGGCAAAGCCACGCUGGAUUCUGUGGAGAAGUUCAAUCUCAAUGAGAGCGAGGAUGUCGAUCGGAAGAUUGUGAUGAAGAGAAUUGAGUUCUUCGAGGGGAAAGUGAUAAAUCACAAGACAGAGAACAACAAUGACUGCACGAUGAAGAAGACCAAUCAAUUGUCCACGUAUCUCUGUCUGGGAACAUUCUUCUGCACAAUUCUCUUUCUUGUCCUGUUUCAACAGCCAAAUUGAUGAAUCUCUCCUCAAAUGUUAAUACUUUUCACUGGGAUUUAUGAAUUUUUUAUCUUUCAUUUCCGAGGCUAUGAAAUUUGUAGUGAAUUUUAAUUAUCGCGGGAAAAGAGAAAAGUGUUUAUUUGGACCAUUUUUCUUGUGUGACCUUUGCAAAGCCACAGCUUAGAUGUACUUACUUAUGAUUUAAUUAUGAUCUGCAGUACCUUUUUAUUUAUACAUUUAAGAGAUUUUUAUUAUGAUUUAAGAGGGGAUUUUUUUUUGGUGAUUAGCAAAUAGAAAUGUAAUUUCUAGAUUUUAAAGAAAUCUAUUAUAAUAAUUAGAUGAAGAAUUUAAUGUGAAGAGAAACACAAGAGAAAUCAUUUUAUUUCUUAUCAGGACUUCCAAGAUUUGUUUUUACAGGCCUAAAAUGAGGUUUAAUUUCUCACGAAUUCUUACAAUGAAUUUUAGAAGAGCUUCAAAUGAAUGUGUUAAGAAAAUAUAAUAAUUGAUUAAAAGCGUUCCUAAAUCGGCAUUUUUUCAGACAGAUUUAUAGACUUGAUAUUGUAAAAGGAUAAUAAUUGAGAUGAAGACCGACAUUGAUAGAUUAUUUAUUCAGUUUAAAAGAAUUUUUUGCUUCUGUGUACUUAGAAUGUGAAUUAUUUAUAUUGUACACUUAGGAUUUAUAAUAUAUAUAUAUAUAUAUUUAUCCUUAUCCAAGUAACCAAGAUGCUUUAUAUAAAAUACAAUGUUGAAUAACAGACGAUAUACAGAAAGAGAGAGAGAGAAAUAUCAAUCAAAAAUGGAGAAAUUCGGUUGAAAACUGGAUUUUCAUGACGAGAAAUGCCUUACAUUUCAACAAGAUGGUUUUUAAGAAGGAAUAUUUAAGACGAUAAGGCCGUGAAUUUUACAACACAACACAAAAUCCACUUAUUUUCCUUUUCUCCACAAAUGAAAUGAUGCAACAAAUCUUGAGUGUGGGAGAUGAAGAAGAGGAGGAGGAGAGAAUUUAGAGGGAGAGUUUGAGGAAUAGUUGUUGCGUAGUAGAGAGAUAGAUAUAUUUAAACACUAAAAUGUUUUACUGUAAUCAGGAAAAGAGACCAUAUUUGAUAGGAAAAUAAAAGAGGCAACUUGAAAGGCUUUCAUUCUACAUUUUUAUUAAUAAUAUUAUUUAUUUGUCAAAGUAUAUAGAAACUGAAGGGGAAAUUUUUGAAGUAGUGAAAAAAAGAAAGAUUAUUCCAUAUUUCGCAGUAUUGAAACGGGAAAAUUAUAAUAUAUUCUUAUUAUAUACAACAAUUAUAUUAUAUUUAUUCUUAUCAGUAUACAUUCAAGAAUCUGAAAUACAUAAGAAAUAAAUUAUCUUUGGUAAAGAAAAUGAAAUGCUGUUGAAUUCCCUGG